GUCUCCUCCUCUCGCCGCCCCUCCAUGUGCCCGGGUGCCGCCGUUUCGCCUCGGGCCGCCGCUCACCCCGGGGUCUAUGGAAGUGAUGGAAGGACCUCUCAACCUUGUUCCUUGUGAGGAUUAAAGGAGUAAACAGAUAAAGGGCACGGAGAACCGUGCUUUAUAGCUAGAACGUUCGAGGAUUUAGCCGCUGUUAUAAUGAGACCAUAAGCCCUUGACAUUUUCCCUUAAUGAGAUUUAUUUGGACUGGUUGAGCUUGAACGCCCAAGAGUGGUCACCUCGCUGGAGCCAGGUUAGCAGCUCGGAGAAUCCUAUCCCAGGGUUACUAAAGUUAGGCCCUGCCUCCAUUCCUCAGCUGUUUACACUUAAGGAUGACCACACCGGCUCACCAACAGAGCCGACGUGCAGACCGUUUGUUAGCUGCUGGCAAAUACGAAGAAGCGAUUUCUUGUCACAAAAAAGCUACAGCUUAUCUCUCUGAAGCCAUGAAGUUGACACAGUCUGAGCAGGCUCACCUAUCACUGGAACUGCAACGGGACAGCCACAUGAAACAGCUUCUCCUCAUCCAGGAGAGGUGGAAGAGAGCAAAGCGCGAGGAGCGGUUGAAAGCACAGCAGAGCACGGACAGGGACGGAACCCCCCACCUGCAGGCAUCUCACAAGCCCUCUGAGGACAUGGAGGGUCAGAACCCUCUUCUUUCUCAGACGUACAUCCCUUCCACAGAGAAGCGCCUCCCCGAGCUUCAGGGGGUCUUUGACAGGGAUCCAGACACAUUGCUAUAUUUACUUCAGCAAAAGAAUGAACCAACAGAGCCAUGUAUUGGAAGCAAAGCCCCAAAAGAUGAUAAAACAAUAAUAGAGGAGCAGGCAACCAAAAUUGCAGAUUUGAAGAGGCAUGUGGAGUUCCUCGUGGCUGAGAAUGAAAGAUUAAGGAAAGAAAAUAAACAACUAAAGGCUGAGAAGGCCAGACUCCUGAAAGGACCAACGGAGAAGGAGCUGGACGUUGAUGCCGACUUUGUAGAAAAGUCAGAGCUGUGGAGCUUGCCACCGCACUCGGACACUGCCACAGCCUCUUCAACGUGGCAGAAGUUUGCUGCGAAUACUGGGAAAGGCAAGGACAUUCCAAUACCCAAUCUUCCUCCUCUGGAUUUUCCCUCUCCAGAACUUCCUAUUAUGGAGCUCUCUGAGGACAUUCUGAAAGGAUUCAUGAAUGAUUAAAAUGGAAGGCCAUUGGAGAGGCUGGUGACAGUUAAUCCAGAAAAGAAUACAAAGGGAAAGCCACGCCCCAGGGGAAUCCCAGAAAUGCUCCUUCAUCUGGUAUACUGUGGGAGAAGAGGCGGUGCCAGGACCUGGGAAAGUCACUGUGAAACAUCACUUAUCUUACGACUAAAGCUCGUGAUUCCGAUUUGGCAGACACUGAACUCUGGAUGGAGGUUCGCUUUCUUAUGAUACAAACCAAAUGGCUACCUGGAAUAAUUUUUCAGUUAUUUUUCUUAUCUUCAGGGUUAAAUGUAUAAAAGUAUGUCAUGUGUAAUUAAUCUAUAAUGCCAUAAAUGAUAAUGCAAAAGCUAAAUAUGGUGGCCUGAGAGGCUCACUUGUAUUUGGAACAUGCUUUCUAUCAUGCAUUGACUGUAUGCAUUUUAUGCACAUUUUGUUUGUUGAGAUACGGUGUGUAAGAUACACCCUUCCAGAUGGAACUGUAUGUGCCACAGUUUGCACUACUCGUAACAUAAUGAUAACCUCAAGAUUAUCAGGAGAAAUAUUUAAAUUUCCAUUUUAUGAAGAAAGGAACCAAAUUAUUAGUUAUGCUUUUUUUUAAAAAAAUUACCAGUUUACAUAAUUAAUCAGGGUGCAUUUUAAGUUCUAACUUUGUGUUAUAUGAUGCAUCAUUUGAAAAUACUGAGGAACUCUUCCUUUGUUCUGAAUGAUGCAUGUGUGAAAGUAAUGCUAGUUAGCAGUAUUUGAUUGUAAGAAAUCAAUAAAGUAAUUGUGUUUCAUA